UAGACACUUUCAGCUCCUCAUUAAAUGCACAAACUUUGAGGCUUCAAUGUCCCUUAUGAUUGAAAAAAAACACUUUGAAUCAGGGAAAUAGUAUGCUGUAUGGUGUGGGAAAAAUAAAACAAAUAAAAGGCAGAUUUUUUGCUUUGCAGUUACUGCUGCUGCAUCAUGGUCACUGCUAACAAACAACCUGGGUAUAGAUGGUUUAAUACUUUAAAGUUCAUAUCAAACAAAAAUAUGGGAUACACAUUUUCAAAGAAAGUUGUACAUUUAUGUAGAUUUCCUUUAAAUUGAACAUUUUUUAACUCAAUUUACUUUGUUUGGCUCCAUCGAAUCAGAUCAGAGAUCUCCUUUACACAGACCUGUAUAGUUUUGUAGUUUUGUCUACUUUUAAAUAGGAUUUCUUUCUUCUUUUUUUUUCUUCAUUUCAGCAUAUUACACCCAAUGCAGUUUUCACCCAAAAACAAACAAAAAAAAUGCUCAGCAAAGACAUAUAAAUAACAAUAAUAGAAGGUAAAUUAAGAAUUCACAUGAUGAAAAGUGAAUGCUUAACAAAAAAAAGGGAAUUUAAAGAAUGAAGGAGCUACAAAUCAGGAGUUGUCCACGAGCUGUAGAUCCUUUUUCAAAUUAAGUGGUUGAAAUUGAAGUUCUGGUCCUUGCUGCCAUCUAGUGUUGAGUCCGUGUAAUUACAUCUCCAUCAUGAGCAGGGAGGAUGCAGACGAGAGAUGAAAUAUCGCGGCUUUUCAGCAGUUUUCACAAGGUGACUUUUGUCUUCUGCGCAUGAGCAAAACGGGGGCGGGUUUGUUUUGACGGACCGUCCAGUGUUAUCUUUUUGGAUGAAGUUAACUGGACUCCAGUGGGAAGUGUCGUCGACGGCCGGUGGUUUUCAGUGAUCAUAUAGUAAACUAAAGGACAGCAUGGGGAAUACGAGCAGCGAGAGGGCUGCCAUGGGCCACGGGGAGAAGUCUCAGCGGAGGGACAGCAGAGGAAUCAAAGAGGGAGAAAGACCCAAAAUCCUAAUGGACAGCCCGGAAGAUGCAGAUAUUUUUCAUGGAGAAGAUAUCAAGGCUCCUUCGGAAAAGGAGGAAUUCCUCGCCUGGCAACAAGACCUGGAAGCAGAGGACAAGGACCCAAAUCUGGAUCGACCCACAGUCUUUCGCUGGACUGGAGAUGGAAAGGAGGUCUUUGUGUCAGGAUCCUUCAACAACUGGGCCAACAAGAUUCCUCUAAUUAGAAGCCAGAACACUUUUGUGGCAAUCGUUGAUCUACCUGAAGGGGAGCAUCAAUACAAGUUUUACGUGGAUGGGCAGUGGACCCACGACCCCGCCGAGCCUGUAAUAACCAGCCAGUUAGGGACGGUCAACAACAUCAUCCAGGUGAAGAAGACAGACUUUGAGGUGUUUGAUGCUCUCAUGGUGGAUUCUCAGAAAUCCUCAGACAUGUCAGAUCUGUCCAGUUCUCCUCCAGGACCAUACCAUCAGGACCCGUAUGUACCCAAACAGGAAGAGAAGUUCAAGUCUCCGCCUAUUCUUCCACCUCACCUGCUCCAAGUCAUCCUCAACAAAGACACAGGGAUUUCAUGUGAUCCUGCAUUACUUCCAGAGCCCAACCACGUCAUGCUCAACCAUCUUUACGCUCUUUCCAUUAAGGAUGGAGUGAUGGUUCUGAGUGCAACACACCGCUAUAAGAAGAAGUAUGUCACCACUCUGCUGUAUAAGCCCAUCUGACUGCCGGUCGCUGCAGCCCGCUGUGUCUAAUUGAGUGAACGAAGGCGCUCCCUGGAUGUGACUUUUUACCAUUAAAUGAAGUGACGAGGCAAAGCCAGCUCUACACCCCCCCCGUUCAUCCUUAACCUGUGAGGCGUUUCUGAAUGACACGACAAGUUGAAGUAAGAACGGACUACAUUGAGAUCCAACCGAGUUUAAAGGGACAUGUAGGACUUAUUUAAAUACUAAUGUCAAACUAGAUUAAUAUAUUAUAUAUAUAUAAAUUUGUAAAGAAAUACAAUUAUUUUGUUAUCUUUACAUCACUUAGGGCAUUAUUUGAACACUUUAACUGCUGUUAAGAAAUCCAUACUUUUUUAAGAGUUUAUCGGGUUAAGCAAGUGUCUGUAUGACAGUUUUUAUUUAAAUUUAGUGGUUAAAGUUAAAAACUAUAUAUAUAUAUAUAGUUAGAAUUUUGUAAGCCACAAAUAGUUUGUCAAGAAUUUGGAAGGAUUUUUUUUUACCCUUAAUGGUCAAAGUUUCAGUUUUAGAGUUUUAUGUGUUCAUAUAGUGGAAGUAAUUGCUUGUUAAAAACACCCAUAUUUAUGAAGCAUAUUUUAUGAAUAAUAGUAGUUACCAUUGUGCUUUAAUUGAGCUAAAGUCAAAUAAAGAUUGAAAAAAUAUUUAAUUAGAAAAAAAUAAAUUUUAGAGUUUCAGGUGGUAAAAUAAAACCACUUAAAUAGCAUUUUCUGCUAAUUAAAAACAUUUCCAAUGGUCAUAAAAUUAGCUUUGAUGAGAUUGUGAACGAUUUGUCUGUGAAUAAACAUGCCGUUCUCACGAGGUAUUUGUGAGAAAAAACACUAGAGGAUGAAGAACUCACAAUGCUACCCUGGAUCAUAUCUUGAGCGCCUGACUUGUGUCUCCUCCUGCAUUGUCUGCAUGUGUGCAGACGUAAAACUACCGAAAAAUCAGAUGAAGGUGGAUGGAUGUCGGCAAGUAUUAGGCUAAGAGAGAAAAAAGUGUUAAUCUGAUGUCUCAUCAUCAUAUAUCUGAUGUUAUCGAAUCAAGAAUAAAAUAUCACUUAAAAUAA